AUGACUGAAGCAAUGGCAAAUCUACGCUCACGCGCCGAGGCUGGCGGAUCCUUGAGCACUACUGCGAUCGUCGCCAUCGUAAGCGCCAUCGGCGUCGUCAUUUUGGGUCUUCUGGCCGCCCUUGUUCUACUCCUCAUUCGGGCAGUACGCAGGCACAAGCAGCUACUCGCCGAAUUCGACGAACGAGGCAUGAGCUUAAGCCAAGCGCAAAAGGAGGGCAAGCUCAAUGAGGUCGCAAGGCCUCGCGCUGUGCUCAGGCGGAACACUAUCCUUCCCUUCAACGCGAAGUCAGGGUGGGGAACACUGCCAUCAGUGGAGACCAUCGGCUCCGCAGCUCCCUCUACCGACGGGCCAUCUGGCUCGGCACCGGAAUACUAUAUGCCUCCAAUACCCAUAGAGCCAAACAAGAGGACGAGCAGUCUGUCAUGGCCGUUCCACAGUCGCAAGCUGUCGGGCCACACUAUGAAGAUGAAGCACUUGAAGGUCAACCGACUUUCCGCUGUAUUGGAAGAUCCAAAACCAUCUUCAUUGGUCCCGAUCCUAGGCAAUAUUCAACUUUCUGGCUCGAGGCCACCUUUGGCACUGCUUAGUGAAUGCGAAAGUCAGCCCUCGUCUUGUCAAUCACUAUUGCAGUACCAUCCGGCUUUUCGUAACCAGAUUCAUGACACAGAUUUGAUAGAGCCUGCACCACUGGAUGUUUCGAAACGCUUGCAACGAGCGAAAUCGGUCACUGAAUUUCCACUCGAAACUGAACGCCCACAGAUCCGGCAACGAUCUACAAGCCUUCACAGCCAGGCUUCCGGUAAGGCGCCGGACGUGAUCUUACCACCGCUCCCGCUCGACAUCGCUCGCAUCAAAGAUGAAGUUAGGCGGAAAAGCCAGCUCCGGCAUCAACCUUCGAAGAACUCAAUCUCAAGUUUUGGUUCGACAGAUAGCUCCAUACUCAAUCCCCGCCCCAGUCCGAUCAUCAUGCAAUCUUCUAGUGCGCGAGCCCCAAAGAUCACCAAGCGGGAGCGGAAGAAUAAUACUAUCGAGAAGAUGAACCCUGUCCUUGAAACCCGCGAAAGCAUGUACAGCUUACAUGGUUCGAUGAAGAGCAGCGCGGCAGAAGUCGAGAUAGCUUCGCCUGAAGCACGGCGCGAGUUUGUUGAGGACUCCACUACUCUUCCUAAGGAAUCAAGCACGCAUACGCUCGGCUCGAUCCGCACGCCUGGCUCCGUUGGUUCAGUCAAGAGGGCUGAGUCGAUCACCGUGAGCAGGGUAGUUUCCGCACGUGCAAGUCCGCGUUCGAGGACACCGACGCGCAGGUCUAAGACGCUUGUGACCUCGUCAGGGUCUCCGGAGAAGUACUGCCAGAUUACGACAAACCCGAAGUUAACCUUGAAGUCGCCCAAACGCCAAACCUCGCGAGCAUCGUCCAGGAGUAGCUGUGGCAACCCGUUCCAGUGGGAUCCCGCGCCCAUCAUUUCCACCAGCAUACCUCCUUCUGCGCUGAAAGGGAGCCCUAGCGCACGUCAAGGCCACCGACGAGGACAUAGCGUACGCAUCUCUCUUGUCCCUACUAUUCACUCUAUUCGAAGCCGAGCGCCGAGUCCCGCCUUGGUUUACGAGAAUGAGAAGCCGUCGACUGAGAUGACACUAGCGAAGAGACCGUCCGGUCUUGGUGUUUCCAACACUCACUCGCUGCCUACGCCACCCACGUCUGAGACCUUCGCGCCUGAGCUUAGCUUUAUGGCGACUUCGCUCAGAGCAUCGUUGACGCCUACAUCCGCCGCACUACCUCUAGUCAGCUAUGACCCGACUUUCGUUGUCGCGCCAAGCGAUCACGUACUACCGGAGCUUUCGGAUCGUGAACAGAAUCGCUUGAGCACUGGUUCGGUUUUCAGUUUGUCUCGCUUUCCCCUUCCGUCAUCUACCAUUGAGCCUGAUGAUGACACCGUCAUUCACGUCCCAGAUCACAGCUUGGUAUUUCCAGUGCCCGAUACACCCUACCUGCAACAAUAUCCUUUCAGAAUGGGCACGCUGGAUCGCCAAUCAUUUCCGUCUCCCACAAGUCCCAUAGAUCUCGAUGAGUACGAUCCGCAGCAGCCUGGUUUGGGAUUUGAGACACCUGUGAACGCUCCAUCUCGCACGUAUCAGUCAGCAUGCACUACAAUUCCGGAAGAGUCCUCGGUCGGAUCGAAGGGUACUAUAGAUCACGAGCAGGAUCGCUAUGGAGACUCUCCGCCAGUUUUGCCCAAGACUAGCUCGCCUCCGGGGUUCAUGUUGAACGACCAAUACAGUCUCCCAAUCUAUGCUACAACGAUCCCAGAAGAAGAAUCUCCCAGGACUAUUGAUCCAUCAGUCCUAACUAGGGACAACUUCAGCCUCCUCAACAGCGGCUUCGAGUACUCCCACGGCGGUAUCACACAAUCCGCAAACAGCAGUCGGACGAGCAUCGCGAUCCCCGCCACACCAGGCCUGCUGGACCCUCUCCUCAACGCUACCUUUUCAUCUCCCAAAAGCCUAGACUCACCAACAAGCUCCCUCUACUCCUCACCAACUCACUCUCCCCACGCAUCCCUCACAAAUAUUGGCUUCCACGCACCCUGCUCGCCCCGCCCCGCUCACGCCUCCCUCCCAGCAAUGGGCCUUAACUUCAAUAAUAUGCCACAAUUACACCCCGGUACAAGGGGCCCGCGCGUCUCACCCCCAAAGCCCUUGCGUAGCUCGAUACAGCAACUGCGCCGCAUGAACAGCGAUGCAUCAGAUGCGCGCAAAGACCGGGCCGGGCGCGGUGAACGUCGCUAUCUGCGUCUCGGUCGCGAGUCCAGCGUGCAGCUAUCCGGUGACGAGAGCUGGCUAGACGAGCUGGACGAGUACGAAGUCGAGGGGAUUGAGCUCGACGAUGAGGAGGUGAGGAGGCUUGUUGGGACGGUGCUGGAAUGCACCGAUGACGAGUGCGAUGUCAAUCGGACGGUGCUGGAUCUGGAGGCUACGCCGCGCGCUGCAAAGGCGCUGGGCGGCGGGAGAGGUGUGCCUGAAGACGCAGUCACGGGUGCAGAUCAGAGCUCGAGCAGCAUCUGGGACGAAAGCGAUGCGUUCUGGAGCUCGAGUACGCCGCCGCCGGAGACUCAGCAGCAGACUAAACCGAUAUUGGGAGCGAAGAGCAAGAAGAGACAGUUUGAGGUUGCGAAAGAUGAGCCAAAUACCCCGCAAGAGAGUCCUGUGCUGGGCCAUGCAAGGAGUGAUAAGAACCAAAGAGACGGCUACGAGGUGAAGAGUGACCGCAAGAGAAACGUGCUCGGCGACGGGACGCCGAAUGUGGGUGUCAGGAUUCAGGUCAUGAGGCCGACCACGACGCCGAGGAGUUAUUACGAUGAGCAGGGGUUCCUGAGGGCUUAGUGCUGCACCUUUUGUUACUGAAGUGUUCUGAGAUGCAAUUUCGAGGACAGGGUUGGGAGCAUUGAUAGGAGUCUUGGAUGGAGCCGCACAUAUGGCAUUGGGAGAGUGUCGUUAUGGAGAUAUGAUCAGAUAGUAUAAUUCUU